GCGUCCGCUAUUGGUUGAGCGCGACAUUUGAAAAGUAACUUGAAUAACAGCAGCCGUUCUGAAGAGAAGAUGUAACUCUUCUCUCGGGUUUAGCAUGUAGUCUGGAUUAAUCGAUAGAUUAUUAAAGAACUAACGGUUCCGGAUUCUAUCUUGCAUUUCAAAGUCAUCUGAAAUGGACGUCGCCUCUUCUUUCCAGCGUUUUAAAGACGGCUUGUCCUCAUACGAAGGAGACGACCUCCUGGAUCCGUGGGACAGGUUUGUGGCGUCUCUGGAGCAGAGCGGGUCUUCUGGCAGCAAGAUGUCGCUGGUGUACGACUCUCUGGUCCAGACAUUUUUGAACGUGGAUCGAUAUGCUAACGACGUUAGAUACAUUAAUUACUGCAUCAAAUGUGCGAGUUUCUACCCAGACCCCAUGGAGGUGUACCGUCAGUUGUUUAGUAAGGGCAUCGGCACCAGGACGGCGGCGCUCUACCUGGCCUGGGCUCAGCAGCUGGAGCAGAGAGGGAUGAUCGUUCAGGCUGAUGCUGUUUAUCAGAGAGCUAUGGAGAACCAGGCCCAGCCCCCCAACGCAGUGCUCCAUGAAUACAGGCAGUUUGAGAGCAGAACCAGAACCCAGCAGCAGGCGUUGGCAGGAAGUCGAACACCUUCGCAGAGUUUCCAGUCAAACAAUCAGAUGUCCUCUGACCCCGUGACCCACAGCAAGGACUUGGACGCUCGUCCUCCCAUGCCUGCAAACAGGACCAUCACCUUCGUUUCACGGUCGGAGUUCCCGGUUCCCAGCGGCCCCAGACCUCCGACCGUUUCCGAGUACAUGAAGGAGGUGCUGGUGUCGGAGGGCUCCGACUCCGAGCUCUGCUUUGAGGAGGUCCGAGCAGAAUGGCACUUCUGUAAGCUCCGGGAGAGGCAGGACAGGGAGAAGAGAGAGAUCAUGGAGCGGGAUCUGAAGGAGCGGGAGGACAAAAUCCAGAGGGUGAAGAUUCAGCUGGAGGAACUUCGCCAGGGCCUGGAAGCGUGUGCAAGUUUUCGCCACCAGACUUCUUCUCAGCAGCUGCCUGCAGCUCGGACCGACCCAGACCCUCCUCAGAUGGUUUUCACACGUCCUCCACCCUCCAACCAUCUGAGCAGCCGUCGUUCUCUGGGUCUGAGACUUCACGCCUACCAGACCUCCGUCCCUCAUCCUCCUCACCUGCACAGCGUCGGUCCAAGCUCAGAGGAAUCCCAGAGUCCCUUCGAGCUGCCUGACGUGGGAGAAGAACCAGAACUGGUGGUCCAGUCCUCCAUGCUUCCUGAGUCUGUAAACCCAGAUAUCCUCCGAGCUGCACAUCUUCACCUGGGUGCUCCAGUCCAGCUCUGCAGCUCUGACUCUGGACCAGCCGGGCCCAGCAGCACACGUCUGGAUGGAGGUUCGGUUCCUGAGCCUGAGGAGAAGCUAGAUGUCUCACAGGGAGGAGGGGCUAACGUGUCUCAUGUCACGCCCAACACGUCGCUGGGGUUCGUUCAGGCCACGCCCUCCCGGGUGCUGCCGUCGCCCACCGUUCACACGCGAGAGGCCCUGGGCGUGAUCAUGGACAUGUUCCAGGCCCCGCCGUUUCUGGAAGAGUCCGCCAGCAGCUCGGCUCGGCCGGACCCUGGUGCAGGAACAAGCCGAAGUGACUGCUCUUUACCCCACCCCCCCUCCAGCACCGACCCCCCCUUCACGAUCUUCCAGGACGACGACAAAGUCGACAAAAAAAAUUGCAGUGCUGCAGCUCCAGCGGACCGGGCCAAACCCAUCAGAACGCUGGCAGACAGCGCGCCGAGGGCGAGCAAACCCAACGACACGCCCUCGGACCUGAUUCUGGAUGAAAGCACCAUGUGGGGGGCCCGUUACAACCCAGUCCACUCGCUGGCUGCCUGCCCCAACAGCACCACAGACUUCGCCAUGCUGGCCCCGUUGGUCUCCACGCCGUUCACUUACAAAACCCCCCUCUGUACCAGCCUCUCCCAGAACCAAGACACCGCCGCGGACGCCGAUGACGACGCUGUCAUGAGACGACAGACUAAAAAGCUCAGCCCCAUCAUGGAGCAGAGUCCCAGUGAUGAUCAGGGUUCGGGGGGGGGGCCCAGCCAGCUGCUGCCUCUGUCGGUGAGACAGGACACCAUGGUGGGCGACGGGCUCGCCUCCGUCACCACGGUGCUGCCUCCUUCGCCUGCCGUGCUGUCCUUCAGGGACCAGACCGACUCGUCCAGAUCAGCUGGACCCGGGUGGGAGGUGUACACCAGCCCGGAGCAGCCUCCCCAGCCCACCUCUCUCAGCUCAGUCACAUCCAAAAGGGACAAAUUUAAGAUCCUAGAAGAUUCAAAUCAGCCUGCUGGACCGGAACCGGUCCAGAACCUGGUGUGUGAUGUUCCCAUGAGUCCCGAGUCUGCUCCCAAACCAGACUGGUUCCGCGUCAGAAGUCCUGAGGCCCCCACCGAGCCAGACCUGGAUGUGUUUCUGAGUCCUCACCGCCCCAGACGAGCCAAGGAGGAGGUCCUGGAUGUUCCCAUGAGUCCAGAACCGCUGCAGCUUGGUGCCGACGUGCCCAUGAGCCCACAGCUGAUCGGAUAUUCGGAUGAACCCAUGAUGAGUCCAGAUCGGGGGACGAGCUCCGAGUCCCAGCUGGUGCCCAAUCCCUGGGAUGACAAACUGAUCUGUGAUCUGCUGAGCAGCCUGACCCCGCCCCUCAGCGCUCACCCCCGCUGCUCCAGCUGGGAGUGUCCGGUCCCCGUCAUCGUCCCGAAGACCAGCAUCAGCGUGGGAACGGCGUCCCUCAGAGUCGACAGCGUUCUCGGAGAAGGCGCCUUUGCGACGGUCUACCAGGCCACCGACCCAGUGACCUCCGAAAAGAUGAUCCUGAAGGUCCAGAAACCAGCCAAUCCCUGGGAGUUCUACAUCAACACCUGUCUGGAUGCCCGGCUGCAGCCCGCCCACCGUCACCUGUUCAGCAGCAUCCACUCGGCUCACCUGUUCCGCAACGGGAGCGUGCUCCUGGGAGAGCUUCACAACCUCGGAACGCUGCUGAACAUGGUGAACAUCUACAGAACCCUGAGUGAACGGGUGGUCCCGCAGCCGCUCGUCCUCUACUUCGCCGUCUGCAUCUUGCACACGGUGGAGCAGCUGCACGCCGUGCACGUGGUCCACGCCGACAUCAAACCCGACAACUUCAUGCUCAGUCAGAGGUUCCUGGAGAACGAGUGUUUUGACCCUGAGAGCACGGACCACGGUCUGGUCCUCAUCGACCUGGGACAGAGCAUCGACCUGCAGAUGUUCCCGGACGGAACCGCCUUCACCGCCACCUGUCUCACAUCUGGGUUCCAGUGUACCGAGAUGCUGAGUGGGAAACCAUGGAGCUAUCAGACGGAUUACUUUGGGAUCGCCGGAACCGUGUUCUGUCUGCUGUUCGGGACCUACAUGCAGGUGUCCAACCAGGACGGAGUGUGGAGGACAAACGCAAAUUUCAGAAGGAACCCCCACGCCGAGCUGUGGCUGGAGUUCUUCCACACCCUGCUGAACAUUCCAGACUGCCGGUCCCUCCCGAGCUUGCGGAUGCUCCGCGGGAAGCUGACCGACGUCCUGCAGAAGAACUACAGCAGCAAGCUUCUGUCUCUGAAGAGACGCCUGGUGGUCCUCCUGCUGGAGUCCCUCAAGGCGUCUCGAAGGUGAUUCCUGAACCUCCUGAGGAGCUCUGAACGUUUCUUUUCUCAGCUUUUAAAGGUUGGAUUUUUUUUGGUUUUUGGAUUAAUUUUUCAGGAUUAAAAUAAUCUGGUUGAUA